AAAGUCCUUUUGCCACUACGCGUCCGAAUAUCCGAAUAGCUGGACAUCCCUCUCUGAGCUCCACUCGACAUGUGCAUAUGGAUGCACGCGGCCAAAUAACAGAAUGGAAGUUGUGACGAGCAGGUCUCAGAGGCAGGAUGAAUUGGUGAAUUUCUUUCGAAAUCAUUUUGAGGAUCUACAUCUGGAGCUUGGGGACUGGACGGGGUUGCCAACCCUACUGUAUAAGUUGGAAAAAGAAGCAGAUGAGCGAGAGGAAUCUUCAUAUCCGUUUGAAGAUCCGUACCAGUUUCUGGAUCCAAACUACUUUCCUUUGUUGAACCAGUACGCAAAACGCCUACAGGACACUCUGAACAAAUGUGUGCCGUCGCUUGCCGAGAAUGCGGAGCAUGAGAAUUCGAGAGUGGAAGAAGCAGUUGAACCCCAAGUGGAGAUUGAUCCUAGCGAAGUUGUAUUACGCUCGCCGGCGGUGCAAAAUUCGAAUUCCAGUAGUGCACAACUGCCAACACCCGGUCCAAAAAGAGCGGGCAAUAUGGACACGAAGACUAAUAUCCCGAGACAGCAUCGGUUUAGAAUAGAGGACAGCUUUGAUGAAUUGCCGCAUCCGAAGCGGAAAUAUUUUAUGCGGCAAUCACUUCCCAAUAUCAAUUUCGACAAUGAAGAAGGAUCGGAUGUUGAAGGUCAUCCUCCACCUACACAAAGUUCGGAGGACGAAUGCAACAUAGACGUACUAAAGGAGGAGAAAUACGAAAUAGACACUGCUGACGAAUGGAAUACAGAAAGACAGAUAGAUGAAAAGAAAGACGGUGGUAUUAUGCUGAGCACCUCCCCAGGCGAUGAUGGCACUGUUUUCGCUGGAUCUCGUGCGAUAAGUCAUGAUAAUGGCGCACAUGUAGAUGAAGACGACCUCAAGGAUUAUGAGAAUAACCACCAAAGCAUUCCGCGCGGGUGGCAACUCGGGAAUAGUCAAGUUACUGUUGACGACGGACGCUCACUUGGUCACAAAAGCUCUAGUAUCCAAGACAUAUCCGGGGGCUCAGUAACGACGAAUUCAGGUGCGGGAGAGCAGGGCUUCCGCCAAGUAACCACACUGAAAGGGGACUGCAAGGAGGGCUUUGAUACAGACAUUGACGAGGUCGAUCAUGCGGCUGACAAGCCUUCAUUGAACGAGGGAUCAAUCGAAUCUCAGUAUUUCUCUUGCUCAGAAGAGGAAGAGGCGACUCAGUCAAGCAUUGGCAAAUAUGAUGAUGUGCCUAAAUACACACUUUUAGAUACCACUGUGCAUCACAAGCCCGAGAACAUUAGAGAUGUGGCAUGCGAUUCUGACACAUCUUGCAGAGAGGAUAUUUUUAUAUGCAAUACCCCUGUGGUUGUCAAGACAGCUGCAGAUCAGAUCUGCUUUGAUGAAAUGGAAACAUUGAUUCCCAGGAAUGUCAAGACUUUUGAAACACCGAGUGCGUCCAUGUACCCCAUCAAAGAUCAAUUCGUGACCACUCGAAAGAGACGGGGACGCUCAGAGAAACGAUAUCCCAUAUUGCGUGAUGCGGCUGAACCAAGCAUGAAUUCUAUGGGUAGCCCAUUAUGCGAUGUCUACAGCGCCAGACGGGGAAGCUUUGUGGAACCCAAUGGGAGUUCGGUCACCCCGUUCCGUACCGAACACGAGAAGUUUGAUAUUGAAACAACUUACUUGGUUCACCAUGACAAAGAAGAUCCGACCACUGUGGAUAACGGUGUGUCCUCCAUCGAGACUCCUUUGCAGGCCAAUUUAGACACGUCUGAACGCCGGACAUCAUUUGAAUAUGUGGAUUCAACGUUAAAUGGGAUUUCGCCAAUCAGCUGUAGUAGUCAGUCCUUUUCCAGAGAUAUAAGUUCACUGGAUGGAACUAUCAGCGACAAUGAACUCCCCUCCCCAACGUCGCUACUGUCCAGAUUCAAUCGACUUAGCAUUGGGAAUGAUGGUGUAGGUUCUCCACGUGAGCCUUCUUCUCAACUUCCCGGCGGUGCAAUGGAUGAGCUGGCUCCAGAAAUCCGCAACGAUGGCACGUCAGAUGAACAACCAUCGCAAUUCCAGAAACCGACAAAUGGACCCACCUCCUUACGGGACAAACUGGAGGCGGAGAGGACGACCGAAAGGCAUCCGCUGUCUCACAGUCACGACCCACACGAUCCGUCAGGAAUCCAAAUGAAACCGGAAACCCCCGAGCCAGUGAAGACCGACGCGAGAGGAACUCCCAUGGGUUUUCAACCUGUUGAGGGUAGCGAACCAGCAGAUGAAGUGGAGUGGGAUGACUCGGACGACAGCGAACGUGGGAUCCUCGUCUUCGAUGGCACGCCGCGAAAGCUGCAACCAUUGGUCAAUGUAUGGGAGCCGUCAACUGACGCCUUAGAUACCCCGAAAAGAACGCCACUUGGCCGUCGACCUUUUACGCCGUCCAAUCUGGCAUGCCUUGGUACCCCAAACGCAGCUUUCAAAAGACAGCGAGUAGCGUUAUCACAGCAACUGUUUCAGGAAUAUAAUCGCGAAAUCUUCGAGUCGAGACUUCCUUCUGAUCUCGGUUUAGUGUGGUCCAAGCAUUUGCGCACGACAGCUGGCCGCACAUUCCUGAAGAAGGAGCUAAGGAAUGGCAAACUCGAGCACGUAGCCAGUAUAGAGCUUUCAAUGAAGGUCCUCGAUGACAUUGGAAGAUUGCAGAGCACGUUGAUACACGAAAUGUGCCAUGCUGCACAAUGGAUCUUGAACAAGGUUUCUACUCCGCCACAUGGGAAGGUCUUUAAAUAUUGGGCCGCACGCGCCGAAUGUUUAUACCCACAGAUUAAAGUGACGACAUGUCAUUCAUACGAUAUUGCCUGCAAAUACCAAUAUCAAUGCAUCAAAGAUGAAUGUGGGAGAACAUACGGACGUCAUAGCAAGUCGAUCAAUGUUCAGACCCACGGAUGCGGGCGGUGUGGUGGGCGGCUGAUUUUGCUGAAACCAGAGCGCAUCCGGAAGGAUGGGACGCCGUAUAAAGAGAACAGGUUUACUGCCUUUGUUAAGGAAAGUUUUGUGUCCAUAAAGGCAGAUAAUCCUGACUUGAAUCAGAGGGAGCUCAUGGCUCUCAUCGGAAAGAAGUUCAGAACACUUUCGAUUGAGAAUGCGCAGAAUUGACGAUUUUAGCAUUAUCAUGUAUGUGGGAUGAAACCAUAUGCUAUUUGCAACAGGAAAUAUGCAUCAAUGCCAAGCGCAUGCUAAAGAAAUAUACACGCAACUCCAAAGUGGAAAUCGCCCUUAAAAUGUUUCAACCAAUAGUCGACUAAACCAAACCCGUGGAGCUCUCAUCCACGGUUUCAAGCACAGCGAGCUCUGUUGUCUUCAGUGUCACGGAUGUCCCGUCCCCUUCAAGGGUCGUUAUCUCGGUUUCGAGAGAAACACCGUCUUCACCGAGAGAAGUAGAAGUACUAUCUACCACAGUCGUCACUUGGGUAGCAGUAACGUCGACACUGUCAUCGUCGUUGAUGAUUGCUGUAACGGACGUCAUUUGCGUCACGUCGAGGGCCUCGUCAUUGCCAGCCCCGCCUUCAGCGAGAAGAUCCAUGGAGGAGGUGCAUUUGGUGCAUUUGCAAUGAAAUGAAUACUGUAACCAAGUCAGUGAGCCAUAUACAGUCACAACGCCAUGUCUGGGCCCGCACCUUUUC